AUGACAAAGUGGACAUAUCACAUGACGGCUCCACCCUUUGAAGACUUUGACGAAUGGCACCAGAGAGACGUGAAGUCUUCGUUUUAUGUCUUUUCCUUUGAAGCACAAACAUCUGCUGAGAUGCUGCAACUUAAUUGUCUUCUUCCCUCCUCCUCAGCAACCCGUGACUCCGCCUCCCGUCUUCUGCCCCUGCUGCUUUUGGUGGAGCUGCUGCUUCCUUCCUGGUGUCGGCCCGCCCACAACAUCGCCCUGUGCGACGUGCUCCGCUCCGCCGUUCCUCGUGUGGACCAGCUGCUCGGCUCCUCCGGUCACCUCCACGACCUGCAGUCCAUCGAUGUUCUCCUGGCGGCCUUGCUGGAGGACACACUUGAAGGUCUUCCCGUCAUUCACAGCACCGCCGCUCACCUGCACGCGCUGAAGGUCAAUGAAUCUCUCUCCCAGCUCUACGUGCACAUGCUGGCCUUCAGAGUGCACGUGGACUGGCUGAAAGCGGUGAAAGAAAACUUCAGUUUGCCAGCCGAGGCUGCGGAGAGCGCCAGCGGGCAUCUGCUGCAGCUGUCCAACCUCAUCAGGGUGUCUCUGCACCAAGUGAACGAGCCCAUCCCUCCGCCUCCACGUCCCUCGUCCCUCCCUGUCGUCUCCACGACGUUUGACGCGCUCCGGUACUCGGUGGAGAUGUCUCAGCGCUUGAAGGUCUUCUGUAGCUGGACCAAACGAGUCAUCCACCACGUCCAGAGAGCAUCCCGCUGCCCUCGUAGAUGAGCAAGCCGACGGGUCCAGCCUGGAAUAGAAGCUUCUCCCUGGAAAACCACUGCUUGCAUGUUGGACCUCAAGUCUUCUUUUCCUUUUGGACACAGCUGAUGUGGCCAUAGUUCAUGUCAGGACGCAUGCGCUGUCUUCUUCUACCGUUACUCUUUACUAUUCGUCACUUAACAUUCGAUGUCAACAUGUGCGAGCCAAGAAAGUGUACUUGAACUCACCACGAGAGAAGCAGCAGGUGACGCGAAUCACAGUUCGGGCAACGAGGGCUGUGUUCCACACUUCCAAUUGAGUAAGUAUCCAGUGUACACUAACUACUUUGUUCCCGAGGGCGCGUAUCGCCCUGAAUCGAUUAUUUUCCUUCGUACUGAGUUCUUUUUAAUCGCGAAUUGACAGUCCCUCCUCUUUCGCUGCGUAGCCAAGAUGGCGACCAUUUGGGGCGCGUUGAGUGCAACAUCCGGGUACUGGCGGCGCUAUUGACGAGACACCCGAUUCCUUUUACUGACCCGAAUUCUUGACUCACACACUGAAGUGAAUCGGGUACCCGUCACAGAGUGACAAUAAGUUCCACCCCCUACCUCGACGUGUCCCGCAUUUUGAAUCCCGAGUUUUGAACCAAUCGUUCAUAAUUCUCACGUCUUUAGGUGGCGCACUACGCACUCACAAUGCAAAGUGAAAGUGCGGGAAAGUCAGAGCAACUUCCUGGUUUUACACUGUAGUCCGUCAUCCCAGACAACAAACAGAAUGUAUGUUUUAAUAAGAAAAGUGUUACAUUUGCAUACAGUAGCCAUGUCAAGUUGUUUACAUUGACGGUGCCUGGAGCAAUUCCAAUAUUUUUAUACUGACGUUUAUUUAUGACGGCGCCGAGAUGCAGGCAUCUCACGUUUGUUAUUUAAUAAUUUUAUACUAUGUAUUAUUUAUGCUUUUCCAUCCGUUUAUUAAUAAACUUCUUACAUGUUU